AUGUCGGGAUUUGAAAUCUCCAACGAGAGGGAUGAGCUUCUGCCGAAGCAGCAACAGCAGCAGCGGGGAUACAGCGGAGAGGAUGGGGCAGAGCAGCGGCGGCGGCAGCGGCGGCGGUGGGGGCGUGACAGCAAUUGCGAAGGAAUUCAGCGACAACAACCGAGCUGUAGACCGCCUGCGGUGCUAUUUCGAGCGGCGGUGGCCGGUGGCAGCUUGUUGAUCUCUGCUACUCUCUUUCGUAGCCUUGUGGGAGCCCCUAACUCUUCCCGAGAAGAGCCGGGGGCGGCGGGUGGCAGCAGCCUGGCUGCCGAAUCCGCAGCGGCGACAUCGCCACAGCAGCAGUUCUUCCAGGACGAAACUGCUGAACGGAGGGACAAGUAUUAUUUGCCUGUUGAUCGAGAAGCAAAAACGGCUGUAGAAGUACCAACCUUGGAGGUGACAACCAACGUGGGCGACAGCAGCAGUGGUGGUGACGCUGAGGAGGAGCAGCAACAACAGCCGAACGUGAUAUUUAUCUUGAUAGACGAUGUCGGUACGAACGACAUCGGGUACCAGAGCACGGAUCUGUGGGAGCUGACACCGUUCAUGGACUCUCUAUCCUCCGAAGGGGUGCGUCUCACCAAGUACUACACGAACCAGCUCUGCACCCCCUCUCGGGUAAGCCGUCCUACGCUACACUUACUGCCGGAAUUGCGGUGA